AUGACUCAAUUAGACCAUCCACAUUUGUCCUCGCCUGUUCCAUCCGAUGCACCACCAAGUUAUGAUGAUGUUAUAUCUUCUUAUUCAAAUUUACCAAAUACCAAUAUUAGAUUUCAACCUCGAAAAAAAUCAUUUUUCUCUCCUUUGGAAGAAGGUCGAAAUUGGGCUGCAAUGGCAUACUUGAUCCUAUGGGAUCUUCCUUAUGCAUGCUUUUGUUUUGGUUGGGUGAUUGGAUCUUUCAUUGGUGGUUUUUGUUCUUUGAUAUUUCCCCCUGUCGGUUAUGUAAUAUUACUUUUUUCAGUUUAUUCAUGGAGAAUGCUCGCAAGAUUGGAGAUUGCAAUACUAAAUUCGAUAUCAUCACCUUCCGAUAUUGCCUUGUCAACCCAUACCCCACUUCCAUCCAUUACCCGAGUAUCUCCUCAAAUUUUAUUUAGUAAUAUGAAUCAAUAUCAUCAUGUAAUUCCUUCAGGAAGGUUUGAAUAUUUAUUUUCACUCCUUAAAGAUCGUUUUACCAUUCGUGCAGUUAUAUACUUUGUGUUUACAAAACUUUUAAUAUCCAUAAUAGUAUUUACAUUAGCCAUUACCUUGUUUGCAUUGGGAAUUAGUUUUAUGUUAUGUUUGUUACCAUUUUGUUUAAGGAUGAGUAGAUUAUUGGUUAAAUUAGAAGCGAGAAUGGUAAGAAAAUGUUUAUUGGAUUAA